AAGAUUGGUUCCGGGUUCCAAGAGUUCCUGCCAUGAGGAAGUCGUCCCUCUUCCUCCUUCUCUGCAGCUCUCUAAACAGGUUGAAGCCGUCCCUUGGCUGGGAGAUGCCUGAGGCUUAGGGCCAUGUCCUGCAGACCCUUCCUCCUCCUCCUGCUCCUGGCAUCCCUCCUCCUGCUCCCUGCAGAGCGGCUGCUGCUGGAAAAGGAUGGAGGAUGGCUGACAAGCAGACAUGCUGCCCUUAUGGAAGAAGAGACCUGCACCGUGGAGCGAAGGGACACCAGUUUAACCUACGCCCAGUUCAUUCAACAGUAUGCUUUUUCUCGGCCGGUUAUACUUCAGGGGAUAACAGACAACUCAGAGUUCCAGUCUCAGUGUACUAAGGAGAGGCUGUUGGCUAAGUUCGGGGACCAUCCCAUCCGGCUCAGCACUGCUAAUACCUACUCUUACCGUAAAGUUGACCUCCCUUUCCAGGAAUAUGUGGAUCAACUGCUGGAGCCACAGGACCUGAACUCGCUGGGAAGUGAAACAUUCUAUUUCUUCGGGGACAAUAACUUCACAGAAUGGGGUCCCCUCUUCCAAAACUAUACACCUCCGCCUUUUCAGAUCCCAGGCACCACUGGAGCAUACAGUUUUGGGAUUGCUGGUCAGAUCUGGCUCAGGUGUGCCAUUUCAUUGGCACGGCCCCGGUUUCUCAGAGGUUAUCUUUGGCAGGAAGCGCUGGUUUCUGUAUCCGCCAGAGAAGAUGCCAGAGUUCCACCCAAACAGAACAACUCUGUCCUGGUUGCUGGAUACUUACCCAUUCCUGCCACCAUGGGAGAGGCCCAUUGAAUGCACCAUUCACCCUGGAGAGGUCCUGUACUUCCCAGACCGCUGGUGGCAUGCUACCCUCAAUCUGGACACUAGUGUCUUCAUCUCUACAUUCCUUGGUUAGCAGAUCCAGAUGACCACAUCCUGGGAUUCCUGCCAUUUCCCCUGUUUUGUAUGAAGAAACCCUGUUUCUUUGCUGCAAAUGGAUAUUUGACACUGGCCAAGGAACCACAGGACUAUCAACCAUCUCUGAUACGGCAUGUAACAUAGGACAAGGAGAUGGUGGGCAGAUAGUCUGGUGCUUAUUGGGAUUCAAAGUGAUCCAGGACCUGCUCUAACUAGGAAGUUCUUCAUAUAAGAGCUUGGCAACAUUACCUUUUUUGACUACAGAUCCCCAAAUCCCCCAGUCAACAUAGCCACUGGGAGCCGGGGAGACGUAGUGCAAAAAAUAUCCCUGCCAAGCUCUUAUGUUCUUAAGCAACAUACAGAAUCUCUUAGCUCUGAUCAGUUGCUGCUUACCUGAAAAUAAUCUGAUGGUACACUCAGAAACAAUGAUAAAGGAUGCUGGGAAUGGCAGUCCAGCUACACAUUGUUCAUGAGACAACAAAAUGACAGCCUUCAGUUUGGUAUUGGAAGUUCUGGACCAAAUGCUGUUGCUCUGCUGGAGGCCUAUGUAGCUCAAUUAUUUUCUGAACCUCCACACACUCGGCCCAAUUUGCCUCUGCUUUAACUAAAUCCUAAAAUCAGUCCCUCGUUUAUUUUCUCCUUUCUUCGCUUCCAGAUCUUUGGGAGGCACUUUCUUCUGUCAGUGCUGCCAUGGAGAGGUUUCUAUUUAUGGGACCCUUGAACUCUAAAAGACAAAUGCCCAUCUGCUUCAGGGGGAGAUUUGAGAACUGGGUCAAGAAAGCUGCUUUCUUGCAAAAUUGCCUGUUCGGUUAAGGCCAAGCUUUAGCAGGCUAAAUCUCUUAAUACCUCUGCACUUUGCUUGCUAUUUUUUUGAGAACCAGGACAGAUCUGACAGCAGAUCUGUGGGUCUGCCAAUCUUCUAAAAUGGUGGGGAUAUUGCAGUUUGUAGGAGAGAUGGAGGGAUGCUCAGCAUUUCCCCUCCAAAUGACACUUUUCCUGCAUUCUCAUCUUAGUACUUGUUUGUUGUUGUUCUCGGAGCUGCAAGAAGGAAGGAGUUAAGACUACCCUGCUUUUUAGGUAUUUAGUAAAGCCUGGGGCCCUAAACCAGUGGGAUCACACACAUAUACACAGCUGCUGAUUCACCCCAGCCCUGUCUCCCAAAGGGGCAUUACUACAGAGAAACAAAUACAGAACGAAACAUUUCUGGCCCCGUAAAGCCCAGUAAAUUCACCCUUCAGGAAAUUUUAUAAUCAUAGGUCUCCUGGCAAGGAAGGAAACAUCAUUACUUCUGUGGAUGACCUAGUUAAAAAUUGGGGAAUCUCUUGCUUGGGGUGGAAUUAAAUAGCCUGUUUACACAUCCUCACCUUUAAUUAAGGCAUGACAUUGCAACAUCUUGUUUUCCUUCAGGGUUGCCAACUUUUUCAACAGGCCCUGCUCCUGUGUCUUUAUUGGCCUAUGCUGCUGCAAUUUUAACUAGCGAAGUUCUUUUUCUUUCAUUUCUAGAUGCCAUACUGAUGGUCUGACAUCUAAAUUUCAUACAAAAAUAGUAUCUUACCUUUUUGUCCAAGGUAGUAACUAGUAUUUAUGUAUCUGCUCUGUACAAAUAGUGACCUAUUUCACAUUUUCUAUAUACAUUCCUCUCCUUUCUUGUCCCGAACCUCACAUUCCAUGUUGGGUUUUGUUGCCUUAAGGCUGGGCUGUUUGGGAUGUGUGAGAGGAACAGAAAGGAUCCCUUCAAACAAAGAGAGUGGUCCUUCAGGUGUUUCUGGACUCAAAACUCCCAUCACUACUGGCCAGCCUAGGCAACGAAGUAUUAUGGGAGUUGUAGUCAACAAAUACGAGGAGCCACAGAUUCCCAGAGCUUGGAACAACAUUCCAAAAGUAGGAGGAUAGCGCUCUCAUUUGUCUCUUUCAGAUUAAACUGGAAUUGUGGACACUAUUCAUUUUUAAAUGGGUAGCUGCAAAGUUUAAACUGGAAAAGAGGGGAGCCAGGGCAAUCCGUGUGCCGUGCUAAGUGGAACAUUUGUCAUCAGGUGGAAACUGUGUCCCCAUUCUACAAAAGAACAGCUCUAAUUUGAAUCUCCUUUCCUAUCUGACUUCUCCGAUAUAUAAUUCAGUUGUACUUACUUGCUUUUACUGGUGUAAAAGUGAGGAAGGGAGAGCAUUAGGGAACAAGGUCCAAAAAGGAGCUGUGUUGAACACAGGAGCCUGCCCCGCACCAAGGUACAUUCUCAUCUUUUUGUCAUAACACAAUGGGCAUUGUUGGUCACUCUUUACUUACUGUUUGUAUUAAAAUAUUUGUCAUAAG